AUGGAGAAGUUUGAGAGAUACUUUUUUAAAGGAAAAAAAAAAGUAACUAAAAGUCGUUCGGGAAAUUCUCAGGAGGGUGCUGAAGUAUACACGGGAAAGUGGAAUUAUUUCAAUUUAAUGAUCUUUCUAAACGAUACGACAACACCACGGAAAACGGACAAUACUAUUUCUGAUGAUGAAAGUGAAAAAGAAUAUACAGAGGAAAAUUUAGAGGCAUUAGAAAACAAUAAAAAUGAUUAUUUUAAUGAUAGUCAAGAAUACACUUCAAGUCCUAUUGACGUCAUUGGUAUUGAAAAUUUGUCAUCUGUAUCUCAAUCUGGAAAUUCUAAUUGUACUAAUCAAAUUUCAGAAAGUACAAGUAAUUCUGAAAAUGUUCGUUCUAUUAAAAGAAAAAAAAAUGAUAGUAAAGCUUUUGAAGAUGAACUACUAAAGAUUGAAACCGAAAAGUUAAAUGCUUUACUGCAGUCCAAUACGACUAAUCAUAUUGACGAUGAUGAUAUGUUAUUUUUAAAAUCUCUCCAUCCAUACUUUAAAACCAUGCUUCCUAUACAAAAGCUAAGUUUAAGGAAUCAGAUUCAAAGUGUAAUAAUAAAUGAAUUAUCACUAACACAAGGACAACCAACAUACGAUACUCCAACAUACAAUAUGCCAACAUUUGCUCAAAGAGAAACACCACAAAAUUCAACACCUCGUGCAUUUGAUUUGAACAACAUUCUUAAUUCAAAUAAUUAUAUUUAA